CAUGAAACGAUUAUCUAUCAUAUUUUUUUUGAUUUACAUUAAUGUUAGUAUACACUAUGUUGAUUGUUUAAUAAACAUAAUAGUCGUAAUAUUAUAAGAAAUCUAAUUAAGCCUAAGUAAUGUAUAUUUGUCUGUAAUGUACUUUUCUUUGUAUGGUUCUAGGUGCCCGGCCAACAAACCAUUUCACCUGAUAAUAUACAAGAAAUAAAUAGUUUAAAUUUACCAUCUGCGAACGAGUUAUUGUGGACAACAACUCUGUCGUAUUGUAACGUUUACUUUUUGGUACAUAAAAUUUUGAUUAGUGUUGGAGUACCAUUAGACAGUGUAGUUAUUUCUAACGAUGAACUAGCGGCUAUCCUUAUACCAGAUAAUCCAGGUGAAUCAGGAUCAAAUUCACCAUUAGAGUUCUUAAGGUUCAUAGAAGCUUCACAAUAUAUUGAUGAUUUUGUUUUUGACACAAUUGGUCAUAUUAACAUUACGGACCCUGAUAUAAAUACUGGGAGAAAAAUAUGGGAUUCAAUAGAGGAUUCAAUGAUUGUUUUUAUGGAAAACAUUUUAUUAUUGACUAAUCAAGUAAAUCAAAUGAUGCAUGAUAUAAACAAUGAACUACUAAUCAAUCGAACUAAUAUGGACAAAAUGACGAUGAUUUACUUAUAUAUAGAUAUAUUUGAUCAAACCGUUGAUGCAGUAUGGAAUAAUAGUGUUCCAUAUAAAGAGGCAUUUAACUUUUUUAAAACAUUGAAUCUAGAGUCCAUUAUGAAUAAUGUCCAAGUAAGUAAAAUUAUUUAAUUAUAAGGUAUUUAUAUUUUAUUGUUAGUACCUAUGUACCUAUUAUUAUUUUUUGCUCAUUAUUGUUUGGGUAUGACCAGGUCCUAGAUUCAAACUCCAAUUAUCAUUAUAUCUAUGGAUCUUUUCAUUGGUCUUACUCUAUAAUAUAUUAUAGAUAAAUCGAUAAUUAAUAAAUUCAGUUAUACAAUCGAAUACACCAUGUUCUUUUAAUUAUUAUAGUCAAUACAACAUUUAAAUUUAAUUUAUAAAUACGAUUUAUAACUGUCGUGUAAUGUUCUUAUUAUAGUAUACAAUAUAAAUGUUGACACGUUAUUUUCUAUAACAAUAUUAAAGUAAAAUAAAUAAAUCGAUGACGAUUCUACUUAUAAACAAUAACUGUAGUUAUAGUUUAAUAAUACUCGUAAGACAAAUUUCACCAAAAACAUAAAUAUGAGAAGAGUGAGUGUCAAUCAGUGAGUUAAAAUAUUUUUUUUUAAAUAACAACUUUCUACUACCUAAUUAAUUUUUGACUUGGAAUACAUCUUGACUCACGUUUAAACUGGAAAUACCACGUAUUUCAGAAAAAAUACAGAUUAAUGGAAAAAUAGAAGCUUUAUUAGGUAGUCGGAACCCACUCCGAGCUAACUAUAGAAAACAAAUGUCUACUAUAUUUAGCUAUUAUAAAACCGAUUUGGGUCUAUGCUAUUUAACUGUGGGGUUGUACUAGUAAUCUAACACGGAUGUGGCAAUGCUACCAAAACAUCGCCUUUAGGAACUAUCACUGCAGCUUAUCAAUACGAAAGAAACUAUGCAAUUCACCGCAAUAUGAUACUGCCUAUAAUAGCAGACGAAAUCAAAAGUUUUAUUCGCAAAUACGAAACAAUACUAGAUAUCAUGAGAGAGGCCAUAUCAAUGCAAUGAUCGUUCAGUUAUUAAACAAUCUAAGGAUAUUAGACGUCUUAAAUAUCUGAACCAAAUGACUUAGUUUAAGAAUAGAAUUUAAUUUUUAGGCGCUACUCGAUUGAAAGCAUGUCUUCACUAAUGUGCGCAGUAUAUAUUAAUGUCUAGUGUUUAAAAUAUACAUUUUGUUUAACAUAUUGAUGACCUAUGAGUCGUUUAAAUAGAAAAGCCUCAGGGUAUUUAAAAAAAAAAUAAAAAACAAUAAAUGGUCAAACUUUACACGAUGGGUGUGUCACUAUUGUAGGUAAAGUUUGUAAGUUGGGAAGGUAGAGUGGAGAUUUAAUGAAUACCUGUACGAAAAUAUUAAUCAUUGCUAACGAAAUACAAUUUUGAGCGAAAUUCGGCUAUACAUAUUUUGAAAGGCCGUAAUAUUUACGAUUUGAAAAUAAUACAAUUUGUAAAUUUUCUCGUUUUUCCUACUUUUUAUCCUGGGUUUUCUCAUUUAUUAUAAAAACUGCUGGGAAAAUCAAAAAAAUGAUAUUCGUAAGGUACGACCCCAGUUCAAUUUCCUUUUAGGAAAAGUCCUAUCCUUGAAAAUCUGAGAAACAUUUCUGAUAGAAAAGUUGUUAACAGAAAAAAUACAAAUAAUUAGAAUAAAUAAAUUGUAAGAACAAUACAUUCCUAGCACCGCUCAAAAUUUAAAGUGUACAUUAUAUUAUGAAUAAUACAAUUUGUGAAGUCAAAAAUUAAAAAGUAAGCAAUCAAAUUUUUUUUUCAAUAAUUUAAACUUGGCACACUUAGAUGUCAAUUAUUUUUUGGCGAAUUUAGUUUCUCUUUCAUAUUUUAUGGUUUUAGUGAGAUAUUAUUACUUUGUGUAAUGUUACUUUCUACUUAAAUAUAAUCAUUUUAUUAUCGGCACCAUUUAUUAUUAACAUCCAAUAUUCCGAUACAUAGCUACCUAUUAAAACUGACAACAGAGUAUUAAAAUCGAAAGGUUAUUAUAAGAAAUAUAUUGAUUGAAAACCUAAUUUAGAAAAUACUUAAGGUGACUUACGAAAUAUGGUCGUUAGGCUCCAUUUGAUAAUUCGAUACGUUUUACAAGUCCUAGAUUUAUAAUUACAGUUGUAGUAAUUUCAUAACCCCUUGAUAUUGUAUUUACUGAUGUAGUUGAUUUGGUUUUGGGCUAAUUUCGUUAAUGAAUAAAUGAGUAACUUAUCUUGUUUUUAUAUAGAUGAUUGUUAAUCAAGAAGAAGAUGAUGAUAACCAUCUUAAGCCACGUGAGUUUAUUCGAAUGAAAUUGAUUAAAGUAUAUGAACUGUAUGUAGACGCAUUUACAAGUUUUUACGAUUGUUCAUCGGAUAAAACACAUUGGUCACAAUUAGAUUUUAUAAAAUGGUAUGAUUUAAGUUCAUCGAAGAGUAUUUUUGAUUACGUGAUAUCAAAAUUACUUUCUCAUACCACGACGUUAACAGCCCGUACACAUGAUAUAUAUAAAUACAACUAUAAUAGUCCAAAUAUUUUGACUAUUACAUCAAUGAUCCAAGAGUAUGUUGAAACAAACUUAAAUUAUAUAAUUCAGUUUGUAAAAACGCCAUUACAAAAUAUUAUCACUAUAAAUGAUGAAGAAAUAAUCAAUGGUGUCACACUUUCAAGUUCUUUUAAUGAUGGAGAUAUAUCAGUAGACACAUUAUUAAGUGUUAAUAAUGGGAAUGAGUACAAGGAACGGAUUAAAAAUAUCGAGAAUAAGUGGAUUGAUACUAAUAUCAAUACUGUUAUAAAUUAUAUUUUAGAUAAAUAUAGCAAAUCCGAAUGUGAUACAGAUAUAAAUCAUAAUAAUAAAUUGAUGUUUUGGGCUGAAUUAAUAACAAUCGAUGCACAAAAUGUAAAUGUACUCGAGUCGUCAAUUUAUGCAUUAGUAUUAAUAAAAAAUGUAGAAAAUAUUGUUACGUGUACAAUUCAAGAGAGUAGUUUAACUUUAAAUACAGAACAAACUAUUAAAAAUCUUUUAACUGAAAUUGACGAAAAAUUAAAUGCUUUAUAUUUUUAUAACAUGUAUUCAUUAAUAUAUCAUGGGAAAUAUAUUAUACCAAACUUGUGGGAUAAUGUGAUUAAAGAUAAAAAUAAUAUAUUUAAUUUAUUAGAUUGGUUAAACCAGAAUAGUCCUACAACAGUUAUUCCUCAUUGGCCCAAUGACGAAUUCUGUGAUAAAAUGUACAUUAAAAAUUUAGUACAACUUGCUUCAGUGUCGUCAGAUAUGUUGUAUGAUGUUACAUUUACAAGUAUAUAUAGAGCAUUAAAAAAAAAAAAAAAUGUAGAUGAAGGAGCAAAAACUGAUGUUUUGUACAUAUUGCAAGAUCUUGAAGAAUCUAAAAAAGUAUAUAAGGAAUUAUUACAUCGAAUAAAGAAAUUCAUUAGUAUAAAUAUGAAGUACAUAAAAACAGAAUUUGAAGAAAAUUCAGAUUUAAAUCAAGCAGCUACACAAGAAAUCACCAAAAUAAUUAAGUAUAAACUUUUUGCAAGUACUGAAUUAAUUAUUCCAUCAUUUAUACAGGGCGAGUACUUUGGUACUGUAGAGCCUCAAAAUAUUAAAUAUUAUACGGACCAUUUUAAAACCUUAAAUGAUGUAUUUUGCAUGUAUUUUUAUGACGAAGUAAAAAUGAUAUCAAAUGAUAUCACAUUAAAAAAAUUAAUUGAAACCUAUGAAGAGGAUAUAGACAAAAUAUUCACAUAUUUAAUGGAUAUGGAAAUAAACUACUCAAAUAGUGAAGAUAAGUAUGGACAAUUAUUGAUAAACAGUAUAAGAUGUGCGAAACAUUUAUUUAAAAUUGUCAUAACUGAUUUAAAAAGCCGCCUAAGAGAAAAAAAGACAUUGAAGUUAGAUGGUUUCGACCAAGAAAUAAAACACCGACUAAAUAUAGCUGUAGCAAUUAUAAUGGAAGACUUCAUAAGAUGUGAUGAAUAUUUACAAAAAACAACAACAAAUGCACGAUUUUAUAAUACUAAAUACUUGUACUCCCAAUCAGUUAUUGAUUUGACGCAGAUAACUACUGAAAUGGAUUAUGAAAACAUGUUUGAAAUAACGUUAGCAGUACAAGAUGGAAAAGAUGAUAUGAAAUCAUUAUUAACUCUAAGUUCCCAAGACAGUAGUGCAAACUUAAUAAAACCAGUAACUACAGCAAAAUUUGAUGAAAACGAACAAAAAAAUACUCCAAAAACUGAUAUAGAAGUUAAUUCAGUACUUAAGAUAGGUGAUAAAUCAGAUACUACUGGGAAUCAUGAAUCGUUAUCGAGUUCAACUAAUAUUAAAAGCAAGAUUACAACAGUCGGAUCAGUUAAAUCGUUAGGUAAGAUUAUCUAAUUGAAUUGAAUAAGUACUUAUAACAGCACAUAACCAAAUAUCUAAUCUAAACUUUCUACAUUUGAUACUAUCGGUAUACUACUUAUGUUAUAUUAAAUAAUAGCUGUUCCAAAUAGUAUUGCAUGUGCACAGUAUUGAACAAAAAAAAACUUCCCGUUUCCAUUACAUUUCUUUAUUACACCUAACCGUUGUUGUAUGUAAAUUUUUUUUUUUAAGCGUAUUUUCUUGCCCUGACAAUCAAAAUAACAGCAGUUUUUUCAUCCUUUACACCAAAGUUAUCAAUAAAAUUAAUUUUCAUUCAAAAAUACUUAAAGCUACUCGGAGUUUAAAUUUCAGAAAUACGAUUUCUAUGUACACAGUGAUAUAUACUUAAUAUGAAUCAAUAUGACUUCAAAAACACUUAAAAAAAAAAUUAAUAAUAAUAAUUACUCGGAAGUUCAUAAAAUAAGAAGUGGAAUGAAAUAGUUAAAUUACUAUUAAUACUGGUCUGAGUGCUAAAAAGAAUUAAAUAGCUACUUUAACUUCAUAAACAAAGUCUCACGCACUUCUAUCAAAUAUAAACACCCAGUUACUACUUCACAAAAUGUAAACUACCCUGCAUUUACUGGUAUGCUUAAUUUAUGCUCUCUAAAAAUAUUCUACCAAAAUAUUCAUGGGCUUAGAACCAGAUUACCUCAAUUAAGAUCUUCUUACUAUAUGUUUUUUUCUUAUAAAUUAUAAGAACCUUUAUAAUUUAACGGAAACAUGGCUAUCCUCUAAUUUUAAUAAUUUUGAACUGGGGCAUAUCAACUUUAGUAUUUUCAGGUAGGGCAGAAAUCCUGGUAAUAGCGAUUUUUCCCGUGGUGGAGGUGUUAUCAUUGCAAUCAAAACAUCGUUUAAAUCUUUCACUGUUUUGUCCAAUGCAUUUAAUGUUGAAUAGGUAUUUACUUUGUUAUUCAUCGACUCAAUUAUUGUUUUAAUCAGUGCCUCCAAUAUCACCUCACUUGUUAUAGAGUCACAUAUCUCAUCAGUUGUGGAAUUAAUUUCUUUAUUGUCUCUUACCCAUUUCAUUCAUGGGGUGACAUUAGUUUUCCCAAUUUAUUUUGAUCUUAUGACUCACUUGGUAAUCAAGCGAGCGGCAUGCUAACACUAGCAGCCAUUCUGAUUGUGGAUUCAUUUUCUUUCCUAAAAAUUGUUUAGUUAAAUCAAGAAUGCAACAGUUACGAUAACGUUUUAGACCUUGUUUUUUGCUAUAAAAAUAAUAGUUCUGUUAUUUUACCCCUUCUCCUAUCGUUUGUCCGGAUCUAUAUCACCUGCUACUAAAAAUCUCCUUUCAGCUACCUCCUUCAAUUUUAUCAUCAACUUCUCACACCUACUAAGAAUACAAAUCCGGAGAUUAUACUUCCAUAUUUAAUUUAUUUCUUAACUAUAACUGGCAAUUAACUUUUUGAUUUUAUUCUAUCGAUGAUGCCGUUAAAAUAUUUAAUGAAGCUAUCUAUAUUGCUAUAGAUAAAUGUAUCCUCAAAAAGAAAUAUAUUGCAUCUAAAUUCUCAGUGUGGAUAUCUUUUAAGCUUGAAAACCUAUUUUUCUCUCAAAAAACGUGCGCAUCUAGUAUUCAAGUGUUCGAAUAUAACUUCGAACUACUUAAUUUUUUAUUUUAAACAUUAAAUUUCCAGAUCCUUGCAAUUUAAAAUUUAAAAUAUUCAAAUGUGUUUUUAAAUCAAUAGGAAAUGCUACAUCCCAAAACCAAUUAAGUUUAAAAAUAAGAAUAAUAUUGUGAAUCAUGAACAUAUCGAUUUUCUUUUGAUGAUCGAAAAUUCUUUUCAAACUUUUCCUCGGUUUAAUCAUCAAACGAGAUUAUGGUACGCUACAUAACCGAACUAAGCUAAUAUUCGAAAAGAAAAAGUUAAAAUUGUCUAUGAGUAAGGCCAUGAGACCUAGGAAAAUUAACAGGUUUUAUAACAAUAGACAUAACAUUUUCAAAACCUAUAACUUUUCCACAAAAAACAUGCCGAUGAAUAAUAAAAUUAAUAUAAUUAGAUGGAAAAAUAUUUUUAAAUACUUAAAGUUUAUUUACCCUACCAAUGAAACCAAUAUAUUCUUAUCAUGUAUUUGAAGCACCAUCUGUUAUUCUACAUAGAUUUCGCCAAUCAAAAACAAAAUUUUAAAGACAAGUAUCUACUAAAUCAAAUAUAUAAAACUGGUGGUGAGUUCUUUGGAAUAAAAAACGGUUAAUACGCAGUACGCUGUCCAAUGGAAUAAUAAUUCAGUUUCCAUAAAAAACUUUUUAUGUAGUAAUAAUCUGUGUUAUACUUUAAAAUUGUUGACAUCAAAUUGAAUUUUAAAUGAAAUGUGUUCGACUAGAAAUUAAACAUCCGUGCAUAACAUCCAGAAAAUACGACAUGUGUAUAAAUCCAUAUGUGAUUUUGAUACAAUGUGAUUCGAACGGAAAAAAGAUUCGGUCGAAUUUCAUAAACGCACAUGACAUUUGGGAUGAACUAAACGUACUUAAAAUAUAUGACGGUUUUUAGGUUCGUUGAACAUUCAGAGUAAUGACCAAGUAUCCAAAAAAGUGGACUCCGGUGUUUCUUCAUUACUCGAAAAAAUCGAUCAACCUUCGAAUCCGGUUCAAGACAGCGCCAAUACACUUGUUGAUGGUAAAGCCGUUACUACCAAACAAACGACAUCCGUAACAAGUAAAUUACAAGGUUAGUCAAUAAAGUGUAUCAAAAAUGUCGUAAAAUCUAGAAAGGUUAAAACAUUUGAACGGGUUUUUCGAUGAAAAUAAUAUUUUAAACUCAAAACUAAAAUAAUAGAAAAAAACACUAACUGUACAACUGAAUACAUUCCAGAAACCUCUGUUCUCGAUCAGCAACAGAAACCCGUCCAAAUUCCACAAAUCAACGAUCCAAGUUUAGCAAAUCAAGCUGAUCCAAGCAAUCCUUCAUCGUCACAGGAUAGUGGUUCAAUAUUUGAUUUAUUCGGUAAAAGCAACACGCCCGUACCAUCCCCAACCAAAUCCAUUAUAACAACAGGUAAUUCGUCGUAGAAUUUUUUAGGCGAAAACAAUAUGCUCAUAUAUUAUCUUAGAAUUAUUAUCACGUAGUUCUUAAAAUAUAUAAUAAAAUAUCCACGAGGAAAUAUGUUUGCACACCAGUUCUAAAAUGAUCGCUUACUAUGAUUUUAUCGAUUAAUAUUUUGAUAACAAUAUCAUCAGUCGCAAGCAUACUAUCAAACUAUACGAAGAUUUAUAAAAAAUUAAAAACGUAUUUUAUCAUAGGAAGUGCUGAUUUGGAUCAGCAACCGAAACCAAAUGAAAAUGCUCAACCAAGUGAUCCGGUCGCGUCAGUUCAAGGAAAAUCAAUCGAUCCGGCCUUAACAAAGGGUAUUGGUUCGAUAAUUGGCUCAUUUGAAAAAAGCGACACACAUUUGACAUCCUCAACCCAAUCAAAUAGCCCUGGAGGUGAGUUCUUUGGAAUAAAAAACAGUUAAUACGCAGUACGCUGUCCAAUGGAAUAAUAAUUCAGUUUCCAUAAAAAACUUUUUAUGUAGUAAUAAUCUGUGUUAUACUUUAAAAUUGUUGACAUCAAAUUGAAUUUUAAAUGAAAUGUGUUCGACUAGAAAUUAAACAUCCGUGCAUAACAUCCAGAAAAUACGACAUGUGUAUAAAUCCAUAUGUGAUUUUGAUACAAUGUGAUUCGAACGGAAAAAAGAUUCGGUCGAAUUUCAUAAACGCACAUGACAUUUGGGAUGAACUAAACGUACUUAAAAUAUAUGACGGUUUUUAGGUUCGUUGAACAUUCAGAGUAAUGACCAAGUAUCCAAAAAAGUGGACUCCGGUGUUUCUUCAUUACUCGAAAAAAUCGAACAACCUUCGAAUCCGGUUCAAGACAGCGCCAAUACACUUGUUGAUGGUAAAGCCCUUACUACCAAACAAACGACAUCCGUAACAAGUAAAUUACAAGGUUAGUCAAUAAAGUGUAUCAAAAAUGUCGUAAAAUCUAGAAAGGUUAAAACAUUUGAACGGGUUUUUCGAUGAAAAUAAUAUUUUAAACUCAAAACUAAAAUAAUAGAAAAAAACACUAACUGUACAACUGAAUACAUUCCAGAAACCUCUGUUCUCGAUCAGCAACAGAAACCCGUCCAAAUUCCACAAAUCAACGAUCCAAGUUUAGCAAAUCAAGCUGAUCCAAGCAAUCCUUCAUCGUCACAGGAUAGUGGUUCAAUAUUUGAUUUAUUCGGUAAAAGCAACACGCCCGUACCAUCCCCAACCAAAUCCAUUAUAACAACAAGUAAUUCGUCGUAGAAUUUUUUAGGCGAAAACAAUAUGCUCAUAUAUUAUCUUAGAAUUAUUAUCACGUAGUUCUUAAAAUAUAUAAUAAAAUAUCCACGAGGAAAUAUGUUUGCACACCNACGAUCCAAGUUUAGCAAAUCAAGCUGAUCCAAGCAAUCCUUCAUCGUCACAGGAUAGUGGUUCAAUAUUUGAUUUAUUCGGUAAAAGCAACACGCCUGUACCAUCCCCAACCAAAUCCAUUAUAACAACAGGUAAUUCGUCGUAGAAUUCUUUAGGCGAAAACAAUAUGCUCAUAUAUUAUCUUAGAAUAAUUAUUACGUAAUACCUAUAACUUUUAAUUGAAUAUCAUUGAUGAAAUAGUUUUUUAUACCAGUCUUUUUAGAAUAUUGUGCUACCUUAGUCAGUGGAUUCACAUUUGUUUUACCUACACAAGUUUCGUCAACUUAUAUCAGCUGACCUAAAAAAAGGAUAGGUUGCUUAUCUACGGCAUUGGUGUUUUCUGUUUCAUAUAAAUGUUCUUUAUAAUAAUGAUGGAUAACUCGCUUGUGGGACAGUUUGAGAUGAAUCCAAGUGUCGGAGGUAGUGAAAAGUUUGUUUCUGUUUUCAUUGUCAAGAGAAUUAUAAAAUGUAUCUUUGAAUUUGAACUCCUAUCUGGACGAUCCUGACUUUUUUGCAGCGAACGGUUUCAAUAUACUUAUCAGAGGUUGCGUAUGUUUUUAUUUGUUUGGGUGCAAAAAUAUGAAAUUACCAUCAGUUGUCGUUGUUCUGGAAUCAGUGCAUGGCUGCGUGGAUAUCCGAGAGAUGUCUGAAUUCUAUCUGCAUGCUCAUUUGGUCAACAUUGGGAAAAUGACUUUACAUAAAUUUGUUUAUGCUAAGAUCAAGUGUAUAUUAGUCACUUGACAUUUUACCAGAGUAGUUUUGUGGAGUAUUUAGUCGUUUAAACUUUAUAAAUACAGGGAUUUGUGAUGAAUACGGUAUGUUUGUCUUGUAUUUUCCUCUUAAACCUGGAGUACAAGAGCUUGAACAGAUGGUGGACAUGAUCGAAUUGAGAUUCCUUGGCAUGGAACGACUUAUUCAAUAAAACAAAACCUAAAAUCAUAAUACGAACCGGUCAUUGAAGAUUAUAUGGAGAUACAUAUAGGAAUUAGAGAACGAAAAAAAGUAGCCAGAUCCCCUAUUUUAUCUUCCAAAUGAGGCCUUUAGUCUUAUAGCUCAAUUGAUGGUCAUGUUUGAUAAGUUCUCUAAAACAUCGUCAAAAUUAUCGUCAAACAGCGUUUUAUGUGUAGGACAACUAUUUUAGUAUUCAGCUACGCUUUGCAGGCAUCAAUUACUCAUGUUAAGUUUUUGGCAGCUAAAAGUUUUUAAGAAGGAUCCAUAUUUAUUUUCGGAAACGGAUGAACUACGAUUUAAAGUAGAUUCCAUUUAGCCAAGAAACAAGAUGAAAAAUAGUAUGUUAUAUGGACAAACAUUCUUUUCUUCAGUGGAAUAAAAUAUUUGACCCAUUCGGUUUUUUGGCACCACUGUUUGUUUAUUUACUUCACAGUUAAGAUUCACACUGUUCUGAAUUUUUAAAAUUACAUUUUUUUCAAGUAACCUUAUACUUCCACCCUGGUGUAUUUGAAAACCAUUUAUUAGUAUCUAUUCUCUUAAAGUUUGAUUGAAUGUAACUAUUUUUCAUUCAACAAACAUUUUAAUAUGAGUUCUAACAAUAGCAUACCAUAUACUAUAAGACUAAACAAUAUUCAAUAUACUAUUCGCUAUGAAAAUCUGGAAAAUUACAAUAAAUGAAAACUGAUAAAUUUACGGCGCUAGUAUUCCUUUAUUUCAAAUUUGUACGGUCUAUGUUUUUUACCAAAAGAAUAUAAUAAAUAAACAACAAGAGAUCUAUUUUUUAAAUUUGUAAUCUUGUUGGUUACCUCAUUAGAUUGGUUUUAGAAAGAUGUUUAUUUUAAUUUUUUUUUAUAUAAAUUCACGUUCUACUAGAAAACUUAUUCCGAUCAAGUAUAGUACUUCUUCCGAAAGGAAAUGUUCUCUAGGUGAUACUUUAGAAAGGUAAUUUUUUGAGAUUCUCAUUAAUUUUCGAGAUAAUGAAACCCCUGGUUCUUAAGUUUAAAAAAGACUGAAAGAUUAAAAAUAACGUUGUCAUUGGCAACCUAUUUUAUUUUAUUUUGUUAUAUUUUAUUUUUUCUCCAUCUUUUUUAAACAAUCAUUGUUGUCAUGAAAACGUAUAUUGUAAUAAUUUUACCAUUAUACGAUAUAUAUUUUGAUAAUAAAGCAACCAUUUUAACUGAACUCCACUCAGAACCAUUUUUUCGUUGCAAUAGUUUAUCGUUGCUUAGAGAUAAACAUUAAAUUCUCGUCCGUAUCCUGCCUUCUCAACUUUCUACUUACAAAAGCUAUUGCACCCAAGUGUGAAGAGCAUGUCCGUUCUUUGUAAUAAAUAUUUCCAUAAAUAUGAUAAUUGAUAAUUGAAAAUUAAAGAAAUCAAUAUUUUUAGAUUUUGAAAGUAAUGUUACGUAUAUUUUUUAUUUUUAAAAAACGUUUCUAUCAGAAAUGUUACUUCAAUCAAAAAAUCUAAAAAAUAUAAGUCAAUUUAUUAACUUCCAAGGGGUUUUUAUUUUAUAUGAGAUUAAUAAAUUGGAAACAAAUUUGUAGGACAAAUAUGUAUAGCGUGCCACCACAGCCUUUCUGAUUUCAUUAAUAUUAAAAAUGUUUACGAAUUAUGUUUUCAAACAAAAAUCUUCUGCAAUUAUUGGAAAAGGGCAGAGAACUUUUUCGUUAAAUUUUAGAUUUAAUUGUUAGUAGGAAAGUUAUGUUUUGUUUUUCCAAGCAGUUUUUAGAAUAAUUGCAAAAUCCCGAAAAAAAAAAACAUUGGAAAUAAUAAAAGUAAUAAUAAAAAGCUUUCGUUGGUUCAUUAUUUUCGAUUAUUGGUUUUGUUGUGAAUCGGUUAAAAAUUAUUGUAGUAAACUGAAAUUUUUACAGAACUAAAUUUGUAUGAUUAUUUACACUCUAAUAUUAUGAUAUUAUAUGUAAUAAUUAUAUAAUUAGAAUGCAACUAAAAAUAUAUUAUUGUAAUUAAUAUAUACGUAUAAUAUAUAUGUAUUAAUAUAUAUGUAUAAUAUAUAUGUAUUUAUAUAUAUAUAUAUAUAUAUAUAUAUAUAUGUCUAAUGUAAUUACCUGGUUACCCAUUUCCUAUUGCUUUGGUAUACGUCCAGCCUAAAUCGUUAACUAAAUUGUUUAUACAAAUUGAAAGUAAAAAGUUAUAUCCAAUAAUUACAUAAACUAGUUAAGUUAAAUAAGGUAACAAUAAAAAAUAAUUAACUAGAAAGGUUAAAAAGUUUUAAGAAAUUAACUUUUCAAGAAGUUGAUGCACACCAUUGAAAUUUGGAUUAUCAGGUUUGUCAAAACGACCUCAACUGACUAAACCGUCUAAUUUAUUUGAUACAAAUUUAAUACCUACAGAUAUAAUUAAGCCAAUGUUGAAUCAAGAUGAUAGCACCAACCUCGAUUCUACUGGAGAAAGCGUGAUAACUAAACGCAGAAAUGUCGUUUUACAUAAAUCUUCAGGUAAGACAUUCAAAUUGAGUUUUGUAUUCAUAAUUUUUUCUUAUUCAACUUUGGUCAAUUACAUUGAAUUCAUUGUUCAUAGCAAUGGUUUUUUAGAAAAGAGAUUAUUGAAUUCUUCAGUUAGUGAAAAAGUCUUCAAUUUUAAAAUGUAUUAUAAACGUCUGUUUUAUAAUAUACUUAAUAUUUUUGGAUUAUCCGGUUUCGGAGAACUAGUUUAGGUGACUGAAUCGCCUAAACAAAAUGAUUUAUUCGAUUCAAAUUUGAUACCUUAAGAGGAUCUUAAUUAGCUAAUUUUAAGGAAUGUUGAUAUUUUCAUUUUUUGUUUUAAUAGAAGAAACUUAAUCACUAAAUUUAACUCAAUAGUAUCAAAUUAAUUUAAGAUAAAUUAAGUAGUCUAUUUCUUUUUAGUACUACCCUGACUAACUAUGUUUAAUGAUCAAUAUGAUGUAAUAUCGAUUUUAGAUUCUGAGUUUAACACAGAAUGUAUUGGGUUUACAAAAAUAUUUUUAUUAUUAAUUUUUUUUUUAUGUGAACACUUUUUAUUCUAGGAAGUUUACUCUGAUUAUCAAAUAUAGCACCUUUUCUGGUGAUAUUAAUAUAUUAAUAUUAUAUAAUAUUCGUGAUAAUGAGGAAUACCUGGUUCUUUAGGUUAAAAAAGACUGAAAGAUUAAGAAUAAGGUUGUCAUUAGCAACCGUUUUUAUUUAUUUUUUGUUCUUAUUAAGUUUUUAUUAUUUUAAAAUGUUUUUUUAAAUAAUCAUUGUUGUCAUGGAAACGUACAUUGUUGUAAUCAUUUCGCCAUAAUAUGAUAUAUAUAUAUAUAUAUAUAUAUAUAUUAUUGUUGAAUCGUUUUUUCGUUAGCAAUGGUUUUUCAUUGAUUAUAAAUAUACAUUAAAUUCCCGUUUAUAUCCCACCUUCCCAACUCCCUAUCUGCAACAGUGGCUGCACCCACGUUCGAAGUAUGUCCGUCCUUUUUUUUGUUUUGUUUAUAGUAUACUAGAGAGUCAAUGCCUUAUCUGAGAUUUUAAUUCUAUUAAAUAUUCUUUUACUAUAUGAAAUAAUAUAUACAAAUUUUACAUUAACAAAUUAUUUCAGGAGUUUCGAGUUCAGAAAAUAUUCCAACAAUGGCUCAUAUUAUAUGAAUGAAGUGUUCUUAAUAUGGUUUAUUUGAAUGAAAUAAACAUUACACUUACCUAUGACAUAUUUGACGAUUGAGUUCGAUGAACUUAUUGCUCAUGCUAGAUCACAGUUAUAGCUGUUAAGUUACCAGGUUUUUUUUAAUAUUAUCAUUGGUUUUAGAUCGCAGUCUGAAGCAUUAGAUAACUACCGGAUUUUUGUAUUUAUGUACCUACUUAGUCCAAUAGUGUAUUAACGUAUCAUAAUUUUCUUUAAUAGCUGACUGUUCUCUUAAUUUGUCUGCUGUUUGCUCUAAUUUAAAUUUAGUGUAUAAUCAUCUAAUUUGUUUUACGGCUGAUUAGUUCAUAGUGUACAAUAACCAAAUUAUUGUAAUUUUAAUCGUAUUGUAAAGUUUGUUCUAAAUUAAAUUCUUUCCUUUUUUUUUUUUUUUAAAGAUUAGUUUUAUACUGGUUAAUUGUUUAGAUUAAAUAAUAAUAUUUUCUUCUUUUAUUUUUAUUAGAAUAAUUUAUGUAGUGCAAGUAUACGGUUUUAUUUACAUACAGAUAAAGUUAUAUAUUUUGUGACCAUAUUUCGGCAGUAGCUAGUUACAAAUUGAAAAAACUAAUGCAUAAGCAGGGCUUGCAAACGUAAUAAUAACGUUAAUGGUUAAAAAAAACUAUUAAAAUUUGAAAACGUAACUAAACAGAAGCUAAUAUAUGAAAAAUAAAAAUAAAAAUAUAUGAGAAAACAAAUAUAAAUAAAUAAUACUAAAAAACAUAACAUAACGCAAAACGAAGUUUAAUGAAUACAUAUCAAAACAGAACGCAAAUGACGGAAUAAUAUAAAGCCAUUUUAUAUUUUCGUUAAAAUAUUUCUACUAGUUGUUACGAUUUUUUUUUAUAGUUUAAUUAUAACAAUCUAAGGUUUAUUUUUCAAGGCUUUAUGAACAUUGUUAGCAAUUUGUUUAAUAUUAAUUUACAUUAUUUGGAAAAAUUGUACAUUUCUGAUUUACUCAAGACUGGUUUUACAGCACGCAAUUCACAUUUAGACUUUUUUGUUUUUAUUCGUCUUGUUGCCUGUUAGACUAUUUUAGGCUUCUCGCUGUCCAUGACAAAAUUAUUAUAUGAGCGUAAUCAAUGGUUAAUAUAACGCAAAAUAUGAAACAAAAAUCCACAUAAAACGAAAAUGUAUUGUAAGUUAUAACGUUUUAAAUUAAAAUAAUGGAAAACAACAUUGUUUUUCAAAUGCAAGCCCUGUUUAUAAUAGGUUACUUUUUUGAUAUAGGCAUCUUAACAUAA